AUGAGCCGCCGAGGGAAUGAGAGGAGCUCCUCCGGCGCGGCCGGCGGAGCCAGCUGCCUUCUGGGGGUCGGGCGGCCCCCGCGGCAGGAGAUGGGCCCCCCGCGACGCCCCGGGAGCCCCGCCAUCGGGGCCCUGCAGUAUCUGUUUCUGUUGCUCCUCUUCACCGGACCUCUCAGCUGCUUCGCGAGCUACAGCCGGGCCACCGAGCUCUUGUACAGCCUGAACGAGGGCCUGCCGGCCGGGGUGCUAAUCGGCAGCCUCGCCCAAGACCUGCACCUGGCCCCCCGGGAGCCGGGGGAGAAGGGCGGCGGGCCGCGGCGCCCGCCGGACCAGUGGGACCCACCGCUGUCCUUCAGCUUGGCCUCACGGGGCCCGGGUGGCCGCUAUGUGACCCUGGACAACCGCUCGGGAGAGCUGCACACCUCAGCUCAGGAAAUUGACCGGGAGGCCCUGUGCCUGGAAGGGGCCGGAGACGUCUUGCUCUCUGCCUCGCCUUCCCCGGACUCCUGCCUGCUGCUCCUGGAUGUAUUGGUCCUGCCCCAGGAGUACUUCCGGUUGGUCAAGGUGAAGAUCGCCAUCCGCGACAUCAACGACAAUGCCCCGCAAUUUCCCGUUCCCCAGAUCUCACUGUGGGUCCCGGAGAAUGCCCCCGUCGACACCCGGCUGGCCAUUGAACAUCCGGCCGUGGACCCGGACAUGGGCACCAACGGGGUGCAGACCUACCGCCUCCUGGACUACCAUGGCGUCUUCACCUUGGAUGUGGAAGAGAAUGAGAAUGGAGAGCGCACACCCUACCUGAUCAUCAUGGGGGCCCUGGACCGAGAGACCCGAGACCGCUAUGUGACCAUCAUUGUCGCAGAGGAUGGGGGUAGCCCACCCCUGCUGGGGAGCGCCACCCUCACUGUCGGCAUCGGGGAUGUCAAUGACAAUUGCCCCCUCUUCACGGACUCACAGGUCAACGUCACCGUGUUCGGCAACGCCACCGCGGGUGCUCCCGUGGCCGUCGUCCGGGCGGUGGACCGAGAUCUAGGGGCCAAUGCCCAGAUCGCCUACACCUACAGCCAAAAGGUGCCCCAGCCAUCCAAAGACUUAUUUCACCUGGACGAACUGACCGGCAUCAUCAGCGUCUCCAACGAGAUGGGAGGAAGCGUCCUCCGCUUGCACAAGCUCACCAUCCUGGCCAACGGGCCGGGCUGCAUUCCAGCUGUGAUCACGGUGCUGGUGUCUGUUAUCAAGGUGGUCUUCCGGCCCCCUGAGAUAGUCCCCCGAUACAUAGCCAGCGAAGUGGAAGGGGUGGUGUAUCUGAAAGAACUGGAGCCCGUGAAUACGCCAAUCGCGUUUUUCACCAUCAAGGACCCAGAAGAAAACUAUAAGGUGGACUGCUACUUGGAUGGAGGUGGUCCUUUCAGAUUAUCUCCCUACCAAGUUUACAGCAAUGAAUACCUGUUAGAGACUACGAAACCUUUGGACUAUGAGACUCAGCAACUCUAUGAAAUAGCCGUGGUGGCCUGGAACUCGGAGGGAUUUCGGGUCCAAAAAUCCAUCAAGGUGCAGGUUUUGGAUGAUAAUGACAACACUCCAGUGUUCGCCCAACCGUUGAUAGAAUUGUCCAUCGAAGAAAAUAAUGCUCCCGAUGCCUUUCUGGCCAAGUUGCAUGCUACAGACGCAGACAGUGGAGAGAGAGGGGUGGUUUCCUAUUUUCUUGGACCUGAUGCUCCCUCGUAUUUUUCUUUAGAUAAGCUCACGGGGGUUCUUACUGUGUCCACCCAGCUGGACAGAGAAGAAAAAGAGAAGUACCGGUAUACGGUAAGAGCAGUCGAUUCGGGAUUGCCACCAAGAGAGUCCUUAGCCAUGGUGGCCAUCACAGUUUUGGACAAAAAUGACAACAGCCCAAGAUUUAUCAACAAGGACUUCAGCUUUUUCAUCCCAGAAAACUUCCCAGGCUUCGGUGAAAUUGGGGUAAUUAGCGUUACAGAUGCUGAUUCGGGACGAAACGGGUGGGUGGCUCUUUCUGUGAUGAACAGAAGUGACAUUUUUGUCAUAGACACGGGGAAUGGCAUGUUGAGAGCCAAAGUGUCUCUGGACAGGGAGCAGCAGAGCUCUUAUAUUUUGUGGGUGGAAGCUGUGGAUGGAGGGGAACCGGCCCUUUCGUCGAUUGCCAAAAUAACCAUCCUUCUGCUGGACAUCAAUGAUAAUCCUCCCCUUGUCCUGUUUCCUCAGUCGAACACGUCUUACCUCCUGGUAUUGCCUUCCACUCUCCCGGGCUCCCCCAUCACCGAGGUCUACGCCGUUGACAAAGACACAGGCAUGAAUGCUGUCAUAGCUUACAGUAUCAUAGGGAGAAGAGGUCCUCGUCCUGAAUCCUUUAGGAUUGACCCUAAAACCGGCAACAUCACUUUGGAAGAAGCACUUAUGCAGAAUGACUAUGGACUCUAUCGUUUACUGGUCAGAGUUAGUGAUCAUGGGUACCCAGAGCCCCUCUACUCUACAGUCAUGGUAAACCUGUUUGUGAAUGAUACCGUGAGCAAUGAGAGCUAUAUUGAAAGCUUGCUAAGAAAGGAACCUGAGAUUAGCAUAGAGGAGAAAGCACCGCAGAUAGCAAUAGAACCCACUCAUAAAAAAAUCGAAGCGACCUCAUGUAUGCCUACUUUAGUCGCUCUCUCCAUAAUAAGUUUGGGGUCCAUUACUUUGGUAACUGGCAUGGGCAUAUAUAUUUGCCUGCGGAAAGGGAAAAAGCUUCACCUAGAAGCGGAAAAUCUGGAAGUACAAAUUCCACUUAAAGGAAAAAUUGAUGUCCUUAGGCUAGACAGGAAGCCUAUGGAGAUUUCUAAUAUUUGACUCUUCCGGGUGAAUAAACCGGAAUGAUAUUUGGCAGCCUUGGACAAUCCCUACACAUAGAGAUGCAAAUUUAUUGACAGCAGUUACAAUGAAGGACCACUAAUUUAUAAAUUAUAGUAUAAUGUAAAUAGCUGUUUACAACUUUUUUUAAAAUUCUAA